AUGACUGUCUCAAUUGCAAAACCAAAUCCAUCAUCGUGUAGAGCUUUUCAAGUCACAUCGAAUGGGUAUAUAAGAAAUCUAUUUUUCGAAAUUAUUAUGGAAGAAAAUUUAGUAAAUAUUUCAUCAUCGAAUACUGAGAAUGAGGAAGUUAACGAAGAAGAAUUUAAUACACAUUUAAGAAAUCUUAUUGAACAAAGUCAACGUUUAAAAGUGUUUCAAGACCAACAAGAAUUCAAACAUCAACAAGAAAUCAUUAUUCUUAAACAAUUACAUGAUCAAGAAUUAAAAAAACAAAAAAAUGACUAUGAAAAAUUAUUAGAAAAAUGUCACUUAAUCGAAGAAGAAAAUCAUCAUUCAUCUAAUUUAAUUGAGCAAUUGAAAGCGAAUAUUGAAGAAGAACGAGUACAAUUAAAUACUAUAAUUGGACAACUAAAAGAGGAACAUAUUGCAUUAGAAAUUAAAAAUCAACAGUUAGUUAAAAAAAUUGAAUUAAAUAAAAUAAAUUCUUCGCCAACAAUAAGCAUCGCAAAUCAGAUUCCUUCAAUCGUUUCACCGUCUAAUCAUACUCAACAAAAUAACCAACUGUUAACAUUAACGAAUACUUCAAUGGAUUUAAUGGUGAACAAUGAAGCGAUUGGUGAUUUUAUCUUGGAAAAAAUUACUGAUGCUCUUCAAAAAUCGAUUGAUGAUGUAAAAAAUUUAGAACAAGUUCGUGAUAAUUUGAAUACGACAUUAGUUGAACGAGCUAAUAAAAUUCUUGAUUUGGAGCAACAACUAGCAACUGUCAUUGAAAAUUUAGAAGAAGAAAAACAAAAAACAAUUUUGAACAAGGAAAUUGAUCAAACAUUAUUUAAACAAUAUUUUGAUAAAGAAAUUGAACAAAUUGAAAUGAAAUUUCAAAAACAAUUGACAAAAAUGAAAGAAGAUUAUCGAAUAAUGUACAAUAAACAGUUUUUAUUUAUGAAAAAAAAACUUGAACGUAUAAAAGAUGAACAAACACAAAAUUUUGAUGAACUUAUUGGAAAUAUUUUGCAACAACAACCUCAACCAAUGACAAGUGAUAAUGAAACAAGAAAGAAAAGAAAGUCAAGAUUUGACUAA